AUGGCUAUCAAAGACUCAUUCCUGGCCAACGGCACGGAUCACGUCGUCCAAGGUACGAUGAACUACUACCUGGAUCCCUCAAAAGGUGGGUUCACAGACUUCUACCCACAGACGGCUGGAUAUUUUCGGCGGAAAUACGAUCCCCACCCUGUCCAAGUCGCGGAUAUACGAGGCAUCGAGAAAGAAUUCAGCCUCGACAAGCAUGGCUUUGCGGUGGUGCAGCACGAGAGUGAAGAGAAGGAUUUCACCGACGAUGAGCAGGUCAAGAACCGUAUCUUUGCUGAAGUUGCCAAACUGUUGCAGGGAGUGACCGGCGCCACUCAAGUCCGCCCAUACUCCCACCUAGUCCGUCGCGAACGGUGGGAAGCUGCCCAGAGCGCCUUGGAGGGGAAGGAAGACCACGAAGUCGUCCGCAAGAAGGUUCCGGCGCGCUUCGUCCACGUCGAUCACUCCUACGACGGCGCCGAGCAGAUCCUCCGCGACAACAUGCCGGAUGAAGAGGAGCGCGACCGACUCACCAAGACACGAUGGGCCAUCAUCAAUGUCUGGCGUCCCAUCCGCGAGGUCACGCGCGAUCCUCUGGCUGUCUGCGACGCACGUUCGGUGGAAGAGUCGGACCUCGUCGGCGUGAGCGCGCACACGCUGGCCCCGCAGACGGGCUCGUGCGAAAGCGUCUCAACGGGGCGACACUUUGAGACCUGGUCCGUCAAGGUGAACCCCGCGCACCGCUGGUACUACAAGAGCCACAUGACGCCACAGGACGUGCUGCUGCUCAAGAUCUUCGACUCGAAAAAGGAUGGCCGCGCCCGUCGGGUGCCGCACUCGUCGUUUUACUCGGACGAGGAUUACGGCGACUCGAGGAACAGCGUCGAGGUCCGGUGCCUGGUCUUUUGGGAGAAUGAAAGUCGCGAAUAA